AGCCGCCGAUAUAACGGACACUUUCAACCUAUUUAAGUGUUACUUGGAUUCUUCGCUAAACUCGUUCAAGAAGGAGCUUUUGGACAGCCAAGAAGACAAUUCUCCAGCAGGGUGGGCCACAGUUCAUCAAUAUUAGCACAACGACAUCGCCUCUGAUUCGGACGAUGACAAAAAACUACGACAGGCAGAAAACAGAGCUUUGCGUGCUAUUAAAGAGAAGAAGAGGUUCCAGCCAUACAAACCACGCCCUUCCGGCUACAGCGCUCCUCAGCCUGCUACUGGCAGUAUUCCUUCCGCUGCUGCUGGAAGUCAACAGCAGCUUUUUCGUGGCUUCGGGAAACGCCGUGAACCAUCUUCCUACGACAUCUGUUUCCACUGCAAGUCAGUCGGGCACUGGAGGAAACACUGUCCCCUGUUCAGCGCCGCCAAUCAGUCAAGCGGUUCGGGAUCAGUUAGUAAAUGAUAAAUGUUUUCCAAACAGGAAGAUGGGCCUCAAUUCAGACAUCGGGGGAAAAUUUGGCGGACCUGAAGUUCUUCUGUGAAAAAUCCAAAUCUGAAAGUACUUUUCGUAAAUAUCGGUAUGCCUUUAAUUCAUGGAUAAAGUGGUGUUAUUCGCAAAGUCCUAAAGUGCAACACUUCCCUGCUUCUGAUUUCAACGUUUCCAUAUAUUUGAUUAAUUUAUCAAAACAAUUUAACUCUGUUGCAAAAGUUAAUGAAGCCUUUUAUGCCAUUUCUUGGGCUCAUGAAAUUUCAGGAACACAAAAUCCUUGUCAUUCAUCAUUAGUCGUUUCAGUUUUGGAGGGAGCUCGCCGCUUAAGUGCUAAACCUGUUACCAAGAAAGAACCAAUAACUUCUGAAAUUUUACAGCAAAUAGUGAAUCGUUACGGGACCGGAAGUAGCAGUUUACCAGACAUUCGAAUUUCAUGUAUGUGUCUAUUAAGUUAUGCAGCUUUUUUACGUUUUUCAGAACUGGUCAACUUAAAACGCUCUGACAUUACAUUUUAUGAGGACCAUCUUUCUUUGUAUAUCUCUAAGAGUAAAACAGAUAAAUAUAAGACUGGGAGUAAUGUAAUAGUUUCUAAAACAAAUAAUGUUACUUGUCCGUAUGGUAUGUUACAAUUGUAUUUGAAAAUUGCUGACAUUGCUUCGGAUUCUGAUUGUUUUAUUUUCAGGGCGUUAUCAUUUUGUAAAAAAUCUGGUAAAUAUAAAUUAAGAAAUUCUGGACCAUUGUCUUAUAGUAGAGCAAGGGAAUUAUUACUUAAUGCUUUGGAAAGUGUUGGUGUGGAUAAGUCCAAAUUUGGUCUUCACAGUUUAAGGUCAGGGGGCGCUACUGCGGCUGCUAAUGCUGGUGUGAGUGACAGACUGUUUAAGAAGCACGGCAGGUGGCGCUCUGACAACGCAAAAGACGGUUAUGUUCAUGAAAAUGUAAAAUCAUUGAUGUCUGUGUCUCAGUCAUUGAAUAUUUGAAUGUGUUCAAUAAUAAAUAUAACUUACAGUU